AUGACGUCUCGAGCCAAUCUCAUCGCCCGCACCGUCAUAAGCCAGUUCGAGAAGCUCCCCUCCAAAAGGAAGCCUUGCGUUCGCGACAAUGGCCUCCACGAAUGGGUGCCCCUGAGCGGCAUCGUCGCCGAAAAGGACGGAAUCUUGACUUGCCUGGCAUUAGCGACUGGCAUGAAGUGUCUUCCGGCAUCGAAGCUGGGCGACGCAAAGGGCGUGGCUAUCCAUGACUGGCAUGCUGAGAUCUUGGCCAUUCGAACGUUCAACCGAUAUCUGCUGGAUGAAUGUCAGAGCCUCGUUGAUGGUAGUCGUCGUGAUGACCAUCGAGCUAUUCUCCAGCAGAGUGACGCUUUUGAUAUCGAAACGGAAAGUGAUCGGUACACAAGACCCUUUGGAGUAAAACCUGGUAUGAAACUUCACAUGUACUGCUCUGAAGCACCAUGUGGAGAUGCCAGCAUGGAACUCAUCAUGGCCGCUCAAGAAGACGCAUCGCCAUGGGAGCUUCCCACUUCCUCUCCCUCUCCAGCCAGCGCGCAACCUGCCAUCUCAGAGUCCGAAUCAACUCUUCCAGGACGUGCUUACUUCUCUCAGCUGGGAAUCGUUCGCCGCAAGCCUGCCCGCGGAGACGCUCCACCGACGCUGUCGAAAUCCUGCUCAGACAAGAUAGCUUUGAAGCAGUGUACUUCGCUGCUCUCAUCUUUGGCAUCGUUACUUGUGAAUCCCGCCAACGCUUACAUAGAUACGCUUGUUCUGCCAGAGUCACAAUACUCUGCAGCAGCCUGUGAGAGAGCCUUUUCCGCCGCGGGUAGGAUGAAGCCCGUGGCAGGCAAGCAGUGGGCUGAGGGAUACGAAUUCAGACCAUUCAACGUCGAGGCAACGACUGUAGAGUUUGAGUUUUCGAAAAGAGCGGUCCAGGCUCGCUCCGGGGUCCUCUCGGCAAGCAACCUUGCUGCUACGUGGUCAGCCUCGGGCUUUGAGGAGACCAUUCUCGGGGGCAUGCUUCAGGGGAGGAAGCAGUUUGACAUUAGAGGUGCCAGCAAGACCUCUAGGAGACAGAUGUGGAUCAAAUCAAAGGAGCUUUCUGAUCAACUCUCCACUUCUAAUGCCGGACAUCAUGGGGGGCUUCAGGAGCAUUUCGCAUCUGCCAGUAGUUACCAGGACAUCAAGGACGGGCCGUUGUUAGCUGAGCGGAGGCAGGUCAAAACCCAAGUUCGGCAACUCGCUCUCAAGGGCUGGAUUCAGAACGAAGGAGACUCGGGAUUUGGGAUAUAG